AUGCGCGCACCAGCGGCUGGAACAUCCUUCCUCGGUGACGUUUCCCGACCCUCGCGACCUCCCUCGGUGGUCCCCUCGGGGUCCGUCACCCCGUUUACUCAAAUCUCGACCCCCAGCUCGGAGCCGCGAGUCGGAAAGGGAAGCGUCAAAUCGGAGGAAGUUCGAGACACGGAGAGCGCUAGUAAGUUACCUGCUCUUCCCUCAGGACUGCCGAAGUCUCCGCGGACGAUCCCCGUCCCGGAGGAACUUUCAGCACGAGUUGCUUCCUCCCCGGUUGCUCUCCGCGACGCGAGACCCCACUCGCUCGUGGAGUCGCCGCUCCCUCGACCUGCGGACAAUAGCUCUCAGACGGCCCUGCCUCCGGGAUGGAGCUCCCGGCACUCCCCACCCGUCUCACCACUCUCGGCUGGCCCUCCGCCACCGAGUUGGUUCUCCUCACCAAGAACUGGAGCGGCUUCCUCGACAGGACCGGUCGCUCCUCCCAUUGCUACAUCCACUCCUUGGCGAUCAAAGGUUUCAUCGUCCGAGUCGGUCACCACCAACCCCUCCUUCUCAACGGAGGAAGUCCAGCAAGCCGCCAAGAAUGCUGUCGAUAAGGUGCAUCUUCGCGACCUAGUCGACGGGAAAGGGCGAUUCAAGGACCACCUACGGAAGCCUGCGGAAGCUCAAACCAUUUUCGAAGAACUGAGCGCUCCCGAUGAGACUGGAAGGUUUCGUACUCUCUUCGAAGAAACGAACCUCUUCCUCGCUGAAGACUUGGACAACGACGAUGUACUGGAUGCGCCUACACAAGAAGUCAAGGACGCCCGAUUUCACGUACGCGCCAAGAUUUUGCUCCGUAUCAACUAUAUCGUGGACGGCCUCGAAUCCCUGGUGACCCGGAUGUUACAACUCGAAAACGAGAACCGUUUCUGGAAGGCGGAUCACGCUUACUCCCUCUUGGGCGCACUUAGAUCAUCCUCGUCUCGUGGUCUCAUCUGGGAUUCCUUCCGAGUCAUCCAGUAUCGAUGUGCGAAAGCUAUCGCUCUGAUCCACCAGAGGCGAGCCCUCCACGUUGGGACGACUUAUCCCGACUCCAUUCGGUCCACUGCUUCGGACUUCAGCCGAAACGUCCGAGCUUCGGCUUCUAAACGGAUAAUGAUCGAUAAAUGGUUGGACAACCCGGACGUGUACCCUAACCUGACCCCCGAGUACCAAUCAGUGGUGCUUAGGCGUCUGGGUAAGACUCAGGGGUUGGACUCCGAAUUAGCCAACAAACAGGUCCCCUUCGAUCAACGAUUCAGUCGACUCCCUUCCUCUCUGCUCGUAACGCCCGUUGCUCACGGAGCCUCCGUCUCCAUGGCCGAAGACGACAUCUUGUCUUCCCGAUCCUCCUCUGCCGGACGCGUGGAACGUGACCUCACUCGCGCCCAGUCCAUGGCCUUCACUGAGCCUCCUUCCCUGGUCAAGCCGGAAGAGAGCGUUCGACUUCCCUCGUCAAAGCGGAUGACCCGGGACGUAGAGUGCAGUUUCAAGACCCUCCGCAUCAUCCUAAGGACGAGUCCGCUUCAAAUGGCCCCUCGAAGGAACGCAGGUCCUCAAGUCAUUGGUUCCGCGGACACUCGGUGGCUCUCCCAGAGUCCGCGGACGCUCAAGCCGUACACGACGCGGUAUUUCCCCCGGAUCGGCCUCAGGCCUCCUCCCCUCGACCUCCUUGGAGAACGGUUUCUCCCAUUGCUUCUCUCCGCGACGUUCCUCCUCACCUACCUCCAUUCCACUACGAGCAAACUUACCAGUCGAAGGAGGCAGGGGGCACUAAGACCUUCGUGUACGAAUCUCGCUCAGCGGGUAGCGUUGCGCGAGGAGGAAAAGUCCCUCCCGCGUCGAACUUCCCAAGCCAUCACGACGAAGGACCGCCAAAGGGAUCCCCGCGUGAAUCUCCUUCACACUCGUCUCACCGCGAAGGAGGCGGUCCCCCCCGAGGCGGCCCUUCGGGACCUGGAGGCCCUCCUGGAGGAGGAGAUGGAGGAGGCAACGGUGGAAACGGCAAUGGCGGAGGAACUCCUCCCCAUGGUCGCUCCCCUUCUGGUCGUCCGCCGAGUCACCCUCCGAGCGGGAAUUCCGGAGGACCUCCGGGAGGAGAACCUCCCUAUGACCGCCGCCCCGAGGGAAACUGGUAUACGUCUUGAUCAAAAGAUCUCUCGAGAUUCCAUCCCCGAAUGGAACGGAAGUCUCAAUACGAUCUUGAUCUACUUGCACAAGAUGAACAACCUAGCAAGGAAGAAUGAGUCCGUGGCCAGGGACCUGGGAGCCGCCGCUCCCGAUCGAUUCACCGGACGAGCCGAGCGAUGGUGGCAACUCCUCGAUUUCGAUACCCAGAAAAUGUACUCGUUGAACUGGUGGAAACUGUACGAAGGAAUCAAGCUGCAGUUCUUCACGCACAAGUUCACGGUGUCACUCCGUACUCAAUACGAUGGUCAACGAUUCCGUCAGCCAGGCCACGAGAAGGAGCUCCCCAUGGACUUCGUCGACCGGCGUCUUCUGUACCACCGUCACAUUACAAGCUUGCCUCAGGAACCGGACUAUGAAAUAGCGGCGGUUAUGCACAACGCCCCGCCCACAUGGUCUACGGUCCUAUCCUUAGACAGCAUUCGCACCAUCGCCGCCCUCAUGUCCAGAGUGGCUGAUAAGACCGACGAGCUCAUAGCUUUCGCGUCUAUGGCCCCCGUUCGCACUACCCAAUACGAACAACUCCUUCGCCUUCCUUCUUCGAAGACCGAACCUCGCAACUUCUCUUCAUCUAGGCGCGCUUUCGCCGCAGAUCAGUGA